GAAACGUGAGUCAUCUCGUCCGCCAUGUUUAAUUUUGGUGAUAGGAAAGUAGGAGGAAGGUGAUAGAUAGUCGGACAAGUGUAUGGUUGAAAUUCAAUCCAAAACUCUUACGGGUCAUUAAAUAGCCAUGAGUUGGGGAACGGAGUUGUGGGAUCAGUGGGACAAUGUCAGCUCUCUCACACAGAGAGGCAUUGACUUCUGUGAGCGCUUCAAUCACUUUCUGAAAGAAAGGACAGCAGUAGAAAUGGAAUAUGCCAGGAAUUUGAAAAGAUUAGUAAAAAAUUUUAGCCCCAAGAAAAAAGAAGAAGAUGAGUUCUCGUUUACUUGGUCUAGAGCAUUUCUUGACAUGCUAAAAGAAGUCUAUGAUAUGGCUGGUCAACAUGAGGUCAUUGCUGAAAACAUACAAGGGACAGUCAACAAGAAUGUUUCUGAUCUGGUCCAAGAAUUAAAAACAGAUAGAAAAAAGAAUUUACAAGAAGGAGCCAGACUUCAAGAUGUAUUAAGACAGUCAGUCCAAUCUUUAGAGAAAACAAAGCGCAAGUAUGAGCGGUCCCACUUUGAAUCAGAGAAAGCCUUAGAUAACUAUAGGAAAGCAGAUGCAGAUAUCAACUUAUCCCGGGCAGAAGUAGAAAAGUACCGUAUGACCAUGAACCAGAAAGUGCAGCUGAAUGAAGAAUGUAAGAGUGAAUAUGCAACUCAGAUCCAAAACUACAACCACCAACAGAAUGAGUACUACACCAUGUCAAUGCCUCAAGUCUUUCAGUUACUUCAAGACAUGGAUGAGAAAAGGAUUUUAAAGAUUCAGGAAUGUAUUCUCCAGUGUGCAGAAAUAGAAAAAAAUGUCAUACCCAUUAUAAACACAUGUAUAGAGGGCAUUGCUAGAGCUGCAGCUAAUAUUGAUCCUACACAAGAUAGUAAAUCAGUGAUAGAGCGCUACAAGUCAGGUUUUCCUAUACCUGACGACCUGCCCUUUGAAGACCUGAGCACCGGCCAGCCUUUUGAGCCAACAAACAACCCCCUACCCUCACGCGUGAACACACCAUCAAACACUGUGAAAAGCGCAACACUGUCAGGCAAGUCCAAGAAAAGAGGAGGAAUAUUUGGUCUGUUCGGCUCUUCAAAGGUUGAUGAACUAAAAGAAGACUUUAGUGAUCUACCACCUAACCAGAGGAAGAGGAAGCUUCAACAAAAAAUUGACAGCAUUAAAAAAGAGAUGUACAAAGAAAAUCAAGAAAGGGAGGGGAUCAUGAAACUGAAAGAUGUGUAUGCCAGCAAUCCUGCACUUGGUGACCCCAGCACCUUAGAGAAAAAAAUUGAAGAGAAUUCUCAAAAACUGGAUGGCUUGAGACAAGAGUUAUCAAAAUAUGAAGGAUAUCUGGCAGAAGCAGAGGGCAAGAAUGCCAGGCGCCACAGUGCAUCAGAAGACAGCCAUUCAUUGAGUACAUCUGGCAGUGGCGACACCCCACACAUUCAGCAGGUGUCAGCACCUGGCACACCUCACAACCAACAUAACGUUUACCAGCCUAUAGAUGGUGAUGAAGAUGUUGAAGAUGACUUUGACAACUUUCCUGUCAUUGGGCGAUGUAGAGCUCUGUAUGCAUUUGAAGCCAUCAAUGAAGGUUCAGUCCACAUGGGGGAGAAUGAGGAAAUGCAAAUACUUGAACAAGACCAAGGGGAUGGGUGGACACGUGUUCGCAAAAAUGACGGCAGUGAGGGCUUUGUUCCUACAUCCUAUAUAGAAUGUCACUAUUAUGACGGGGAUCAAGUCUAGCUUUGAAUGAAAGAAUAGGGUUUGUGCUAAUUUCUUGGAUGGUUAAUUCAUGUUGGUGGUAGCUCAAGAAACAUCCCAACCCAAAGAACACUGCAGAGUUGUGUGGGUGAUAUGAAUCACAGUGCUCAUUAAGUAGCAGUUUGAAUUCAAACAUAACAAAAUUUUCCUGGAUGACUGCGUGUACAUAUGAAGGUGACAAUGUUAAUUUAAAAGCCAAAGAUCAGUCAACUAAGUACAUUGUUUUGGCUGCCCCCCCCCCCUCCUCCCCCUGUGUGUGCUGUUCCCUGAAAACAAAUUGUUCUAUUUGGAAUGUGAGUCAAACUAAAGUGGUUGCAUUUCUACUGUGAUACUCAAGAAUCCCAACUGAGAAGAGACUCUUGCUCUUUUUGGUUAGCAUGUGGAAGUAUUAUAUUUUCCUGAACAGUUUAUAAUAAUUAGAUGAAAAACUAUUGCCCAGCUUUGUACAUUGGAAUGGCAAAGUUUAUAUAGAGUAGUGCUUCAGAGUUUGUAAAUUAGUCUUUAUGCCCCUGUGAAAAAAUAAGACAAUCGGACUGAAGGUUUGCUGUGCAGGAAUGGUUCGGCUCAUUUGAAUUUACACUGCAGCAGAAUUCUUCAAGUCGUGCUUACAUAUAGCAUGCUGUGGGAUGGAGAACUAUUUCGUUUGUUUUAGAUAUCAUUUUUAACAUUAUAUUAAUGUUAUGCAACAUGAUGUAUUUUUAUUAUGUACUGACAGAUUGGUUCAUUUUUUUUAACCCUUGAGUUUACUUGUACAAAAUUAAUUGCAAGCAUUAUAUUGAAACAAAUUAUUUAAAUGUUUUACUGUAUACAGCCUUUUUUAAAAAAAAAAUGAAUGUACACAUUUUUACAAUUGUAGUUUUUACUUUCAUCUCUACUGUAAUAUUACUAAUUUUAUUUAUUGUGAAGAAAUUUUAAAAACAAUGUUCAUUUAUAUUUUAAAUUUCCAUUUAUGUAAGUGUUGAGGGUGUCAAAUUGAUGAUAAAAUAUUUUAACUCACAUUUUUAAUUUAUGAGCCUUGUUUUUUUUGGAUCAAAUUAAUAUAAAUAGUAUUGUGUGGGAAGUGCAGUUCAAGGUAUGGGUCAUGUUGGCUGAUGUCUGUCUUUUGCUUGAGCUAUACAUCACUUUUGUACGGUCAUACAAUUUUGUAAAAAAAAAAUUUAAAUUAGAAAAAAUUGCCUUGUAGAUUCUUAGCUGGGGAUGUGUGUGGAUUAAUUAACCUUCAAAUUUUAUGUGUUGAAAAACCGGAACUCGUAUAAAUAAUUCGGAAUUCUAAAGUAUAAAAUAUCACUGGAUGUCAUUUGCAUGGCUGUAGUUGGCAUAUGUCAGUUUAUGGGGAUGCUAGAUUGUUGGUUACACCACAUGGAUUCUAUUGUAUCAAUACGAACAAAAACUUGUUCAUCGUGUCUGUGUUAUGUAUUUCUUGACUGUCAUCUUCUUCUAAGUUAAUGCUCGUCAUUUCAAAAUCCUCUUCAUGUUGUGUUUUUCUCUUAUCUGAUUCUUAAACUGUGUUGACUUAAACCUAUAACAAGAGCUGAUAAAAAAAAUUUUGUUCUCUUCUAGAUUACCAUAACAUGUUUAUCUCUCCUAAAAACAAGUUAACCUUCCUUUUUGAUAAUGUCAUACUGUUUGAUUUAUUGUUUAAAUGUUUGUAGCAUGUGAACAACCAAUGGCCUUCAACAGUGUGAAAUAAUAUUUUGACCAUUUUACAAAAGGAUUUAGUUCCUUUCUGUGUACAAUUUACCUUUGUUAUUUCAGACAGGGGAGUUAACCUUGUAGGGUAGAUGAUAGUAUUUUGUUGUAAAGAAAGCAUUUAUUGAUCUGAUAUUUCCGCGAAAUUGAUCACCCAUAAAGUAGUGACAGUGCAAUAUAAUCUGUUGAAAUUUGUUUCCGCUAUCUUUCAGUGGUACAAAACCCAUCAUCAUAGUCAUACAACAAAAACAAUUUUUUUUUACUUGGAAAUGUAAUAAAUAAGAAUAGCUUGUAUUAUGUCCCUUUAAAAGAUUUAAAAAAAUUUUUUUUCAUUUUGGUUCAAGGUGUUUGUUACAAAAAAGAAGAUUGAGUAAACUAGUAAUUUCUUCUGCUAAGUUAACAUAUUCAUUUCUCUUUUAAACCCAGACUUUUAAAAAAAUAUCUAACCUGCAACCAUGUUUGUGGUAUGUCUAUGAUGAUAUCUGUAGUCUUGGUUCAGUCUCAGAACUUAAAAACCAGGCUUAGACUAGCCAAAAAAAUGAUUGUCUUGUAGUCUGAUUAAGCUAUUUGGCUUAUUAUAGGCUAUUGAAUAUUAUUUUUGUACUAGUCCAAUUUUAUUCCUGAGCUUUGAACUUCGUUUGAAGACUAUUGUUAAAAUAUAUAAGUCAUAUUGGAUACUCAACAGAAAAUUUAAAAAUAGAAAUUUUUUUUUACCGUGAAAAAGAAAGUAGAUGUUACCAGAGAACUGACUUUUUUAGUUCAGAAAAAUCUAAUUUUUUCUUUUCAAGAAAAUCGUAAAACAAACUCAAAUACUAAUUGAACCUAAAGGUUUUUCGUUAACUUAAUCCUUGCUGUAUCCAGCGAUUUCAGUGGUACAAAUAAGGAAAGUUAUGGUUGUAUUAGCAGUUGUUUUCUAAAAUAACAAUACAGAGUGUUUAUUUUUGUUGAAACUGUAGUCCGAUUAAUUUUCUGAUACAUUGUCUUUAAUGAAGCAUAAUUGUAAUUUAUGAAAGGAUUGAGGUUAAGAAGUGCUUUGUUCUGCUAUAUCUACUUGUUUUAUUGUUGAGUCAUGUAUGACAAUUUAUCCUGAAUUUACUGUGGUGAGGUGGUCAAUAGCCAUGCUGUUUUGCAGUUAUUAAUUAUGCUACUGGAUGUGAUGUAACCAGGUGUACUACACCAUUAUCAAAGUAGCUCAUCGCAUUUUUAUUUUGUCUUAAAAAUGAUUUUUUAUUUUAUCUUAAAAAAUGGUUUUUUAUUUUGUCUUAAAAAAUUAUUUAUAAUUUUUAAAAAUCGCCUUUUUAAAUUGUAACUGAUUCAUAAUGAGAUUCUAGCCACUUAAUUUUAAUAAAAUGAAAUCAUGAAUAGACUACUUAUAAAUCUAUUAAAAAAAAAUUAAGUUUUUGGAACGUGAUUUUUUUUUUUUGCUCGAGUUACUGUAGACUUUAUGAACUAGUGAUGGUUACUGGCCUUUGUUAGCUGCCUCUAAUGCUCAAUUUGCCAUGAGUAGAUUUAGAUGAAUCAAUAUGUGAUGUUUAUGUGUGUUUUGUUCUGAAAUGUUCAUGUCAUUAACAAAUUGAAGUACUGUUUAUAGAACUAGGUUGUUUUUUU